UUGGAUUUAUUUUAUCGCCGCAGUGGUUCAUAAGAAAAUAUCUAGGUUAAGAAGACGAUGGCUGGCGACGGCGAUUCAUUACGGUCCGAUGAGACGGCGAUUGAAUAUCCAGUGCAGAAGAAGCCAAAGAUAGAGGAAGCCAAAGCCACUGAUGAUGCGGAGGCGAAGGAAGAGGAAAAAGAAGAAGAAGAAGAGAGAGUGCCUAGUCAUUUAAUUCCCUUCAAUUUCCGCGGAAAGCUAAUCUACGAUGGCCUAUUCUUGGACGAACCCGAAUGUAAUAGACAGCGAGAUCUCUUUUACAAACAAUUUGAAGAGUCUGAGGGUUUUGAUGUGGACUGGGACAGCUUUGACUACACUUUUAAUGUUAUAAACUACGAUUGGGAUCCAGAUGUUGAUUGUAAACGAACCAAUAAAGAGCUGAUCGAACUGCUCAUACACUUAGCCAUUAAAGAACACGAUGAAGAAUAUGGAACACAACUUAAGUUUGUCGAAUACGUCAGUGCACUUCUAAUACCCUGCAAAGGUUAUAAUUUUCAUAUUACAUUUUUGGCCAUUGAUCUUAACUCAUCAAUUCAAGAGCCAAAAUCUUACCAAGCAAAGGUCUACAAGUUUCGCGAAGAGAUAUUUGUUAAAAUGGUCAGGGUCAAACCUACACAAUCAUGAAGUUUACCAGAGGUCAUUCUGAUCGAGACAGCUUCAAGCUGCAAUCACUCUUCCUUUUGUUCCAAAAAUUGUUGGUGGGAUGUUAAAGACUUUUUUUUUUCUUUCAUUCAGUUGUGUUGUGUACUUUAUUGUAAUCCAGUGUCUCCGGACAUAUUGCCUUAGAUCAAAUCUAUGACCUUACUUUGUUGGUCCUCUUUAUUAGUGUGAUGAUACUGAGUACAGUUUUAUCAUAGUUUUUUGUCUAUUUUUCUUAA